GAAUCGAACCUCCAUCUCCAUAUGAAAUAAAGAACAAAUACUUGGAAAUGGAGUACAAAGAAAUGGAAGCUUAUGUGAACCAACAAAGGGAAAAAUGGAAGACAUAUGAGUGCACAAUAAUGUCAGAUGGAUGGACAGGGCCCACGAAAUUAAGUAUUAUUAAUUUCAUGGUUUAUUCUAAAGGGACCACGGUGUUCCUUAAGUCAGUCGAUGCAUCGAACUAUAUCAAAGACCACAAGUAUAUAUAUGAGCUUUUGAAGACUAUUAUCAAAGAAGUCGGUAAGGAAAAUGUGGUCCAAAUUGUCACAGAUAAUGGGUCGGCAUUCAUGAAAGCAGGGAAACAAUUGAUGAAGAAGUAUAACUUAUAUUGGACUCCGUGUGCGGCACACUGCAUCGACUUAAUCUUUGAAGACAUCGGUAAAAGACCCAAUGUUAUCGAGGUGAUAAACAAUGCUCGCAAGAUAACUAACUUCAUUUACAAUCAUGGUUGGUUACUAGCACAAAUGAGAAAGUAUUGUGGUGGAGACAUUGUUCGACCAGGAGCUACAAGGUUUGCUACCAAUUAUAUUGCUCUUGACAGUCUUCUAAAAAAAAGGGCUGAUUUGAAAAAAUUGUUUAUGAGUGAUGAAUGGGCACAACACAAACUCAGUCGAACAAAACUUGGACGAGAAUUGGAGCAAUUAUUGUUUGACCAUACGUAUUGGGACAGAUUGACAAAUAUAGUUUCAUUAUAUGAGCCAUUAUACGUGGUGCUUCGACUUGUGGAUUCUGAAGUUGUUCCCACAAUGCCAUUUGUGUACGAGCUUAUGCAAGUGAUGAAAGAGAACCUUAUUCGUCAAGGAGCUGGAGAUUGGAUGUUCAAAAUAAUACAAGAUCGUUGGCAGAAAACACUAAAACAUCCACUUCAUGCAGCAGCAUACUUCUUGAAUCCAAGAUUUCAAUAUAGGCGUGGAGUUGGUAGUGAUCCGGAACUACUUCAAGCUGUCCAUGAUGUUUUUGCAAAAUUAGAUCCAACUACUGAAUCGCUUGGUCAAUUUGGAAAUGAGCUUGUACUUUUUCGAGAUGCAAAAAGAGGAUUCGGUGAUCGAGCGGCAAUUGCAUCAAGGUCAACCAUGGUGCCUGCUGAAUGGUGGUUUAUGUAUGGGAAUCAAACACCUACAUUGAGAAAGUUAGCCAUCAAAGUUCUCUCACAAACUGCGUCAUCUUCUGCAUGUGAGAGAAAUUGGAGCACGUUUGCUCUCAUCCACACAAAGCAACGAAAUCGUUUGGCUUACUCUCGAUUGGAGCAAUUAGUGUUUUGUUACUAUAAUAUGAGGCUAAAGUUACGCGAUAUGGAGGCAGAAAAUGAUCGAGUUGCUGAAAAAGAUUACCUUGAUCUCCUUGACAUUUCAGCCGAGGUGGGUGAAGAAGAAGAUAAUCAGUUGUUCCAGUGGGUUAGGCCUAUACACUUGGAUGACGAAGUUGGAAAUCCUGAUCCACGAAUUGCUGCUCAUGCUCGAGAAUUUGGAGUUAAUGUUGAACAUUUAGAGAACCCAUGA